AUCACUGUCUGUGUUGGGGAAAGGCAGGAAGAGAGGGACCUGUCAGUAUUUGGUGUGUGGUCAAAUGUAAGGUGUUUCCUGGUCUCUGCAGCAGUGUAAGAGUUAAGUGGGCGGCAGGUUCCUGCUGAUUGCAGCGUCACUGGCCGGGGUGUGUGAGCUGCAUGCAAGGUCGGAAGAGCUGAGGCUGCUGCUGGGAACUGGGAGAACAGGCCUUAAAGAUGACAUCCAGUCCUAGUGAUUGGGUUGGAAGUGUUUACCUCUACAUCCAAUCAGAUUCUACCUCUCUCCCUGCUCAAUAUGACAGUUGCAGAGCCUCGGUGUACGCUGCACUCAGCAAAGCAUUGACAGACGUUUCCAGAGUUUCCACAAAUUCUCUUGAGAUCCUAAAGAUUAAUAGAGGUGACCGUGAACUGAUUCUUCACCUCAAAUUCUGUGGACAAGAGACUUGUAAGAGUUUUCUCCAGGAUUACCGAGAGCGGAGGAUACAUCAGCAUUUACAAAACCAACUCGGUCAUUGCCUAACCAUGGGGUCUCUGAUAGUACAUUUGGAGCUCAAAGUGGACGGAGAGAAGCUUGACACUAUUCUAGAGAACGAGAACCAAUGUCUGCGGUAUAUUUUCUCACUGAAGCCCAGUUAUCAGAAGGAUGAUGAACUUGCAGAGCUGGACAGGAAUUUAAUGCAGUUGUCGCUGUGUUCAGUCACUCCACAGAACAGCAACUCUCCUUCCAGCCAGGGCUCCUCACUGUGUCCAUCCAGCCAGGGCUCCCCACCCCACACUCUGCGCUCUGGAUCAUCUGAAGGAAACACCUUCCGAUUUCUGGGACAAGAAUAUGUUGACAGGCCUCUGACUGCGGCACAUCACCAGCUGUUUGCCAAUUCGGUGGGCAGGUCCUGGAAGAAAGUGGGCAGGACGCUGAAGAAAGACUGCCGCGCUUUACGCGAUCCGGCCAUAGAAAACCUGGCUUUCGAACAUGAGAAAGAAGGUUUGUACGAACAGGCCUACCAGAUGCUGCGACGUUUCAUUGAUUGCGAAGGGAGGAAAGCCACGUUACAGAGACUUGUGGACGCACUGGUAGAUAAUGAACUAAAUGGAAUAGCCGAGGACCUUCUAGCUUUGCCUGAAAACGAACUGAAAUAGGUGUUUGGGGAAGGAACCUGUCCUUGGUUUACUUUAAUCUUUUCACAAAUGUGUGAUGUGGAGACAGGCAGGUCCUUGUCUUAUCCAUUGUGUAACGGAGUGCCAACUCUCAUACAGCAGUGUUUAAAAUGCUUACACUACUCACCUCUGCAGGUAGGUACAUCAUCAGCAGAGGUUGAGAGGUCACUGCAGGCCUGCUACACCGACCAGUGUCUUGUCUCGAUCAAAGUAAAGAGAAAAAGCUAAACUACUUCUUGGUAUAUAGAACCCAACCUCCCUUCAUUCACUUCUGUGCCUCUAGGUUGUCCCAUUUUAGAUUUGGAUAAGAAGGAAAGUCACUUUUAAUGUCUUCACUAAUUUUUAAUAGAUCUUUUUGGAAUCUUUAA